AACUAAUCACAAACUAAAAUUAAAAAUAAUGCUCAUUUUUAUAACUUAGUAUUGUGAAACACGAAAUUUGUUUUGAACCUUCCGGCUCUUGCCCUAGCAGACAUUCGUUAAAUCGUUCCAAGACUCCCUCGCCGGCCACCGCACCUCCUCUGUUAGGGUACAAUGGCUGCCAACAUGUCACCUUCUGCAUUUGAUAAAGAACAGAUAUUUGGAAUGGCUGAAAAGGAGAUGGAAUAUAGGGUCGAAUUAUUCAACAAGAUGACCCAGACCUGUUUCAAUAAGUGUGUUGACAAUAAGUACAAGGAGUCUGAGCUAAAUAUGGGUGAAAAUAGUUGCAUUGACCGCUGUGUUUCAAAAUAUUGGCAUGUGACUAGUCUAAUUGGUCAACUGCUUGGUUCUGGGAGGCCUCCGAUGUAAUCCAAGUGUCCUGUCGUGUUUUCUUUUGCGUUUAGCAAUCUGUGAUUCACAUCUUCGAUAUUGAUAGCUGAUUCCUUGUAAAUUUAAUACUUUGCAAGGUCUUUAUUUUUUUGCAUGACUAUUUUGAGGCAAUCUGUUUUUGUUAAGAAUUAAGAAAAUGAUUGAUGAGUUUUUAAGGCAGCCAAUGAUGAACAAUAAAAAUAAUUUUAGUUAAUUUAGUGCACUCAUCAUUUCCAAUUUA